CAAAGGAAGAGGGAGAGAAACGGACUGUAGCCAAAGUGGCUAGCUAGCACAAAAAAGGAAGAGAGAAAUGGGGCUGUCAUGAAACUUUAAGGAAUGUUUCUCUCGUCAGGCGAAAUACAGCUGAGGGAAAAACAGCCUCGGCUCUUCACGUGCAUGAGAUGAUGACAGACCACGAGCAGUGGGUGUUUAUGUAGUAAAGCAGCUCUUAUCCGUGCGAGGGGCUGUUACUGGAUUAGCUUAGCAGCUAGCAGUCUAUUAUUAGCAAGCUAAUGCUAAAUGCAGCACUCGUCGUCAGAUUUACAGACACGUUUGACCCAGAUCCAUCUUUCUGAAGCAGGGAAAGGGGAUUAAGCUCUAUUUAAAGUGAUGAUGAAGGCUUUGGCGUUCACGUGAUUGACAUUUCCCAGUCACAUGGCCCGACUCUGUGGUUAGCAUCCCUCGGGCAGCAGAAAGGACCGUCCCAUGCCCUCUGACUGGGUGUACAAGGAUGAAGAAGAUCAGUCUGAAGACCAUCAGAAAGUCACUUAACAUAAAGGGCAAAGAAGAUGGGGAUUUUGUCAUGCUCCAGCAGCCAUCUUUAGCGGCCGAGUUCACCAAGGAUGACUCUCUCUUCGGAGGCUGUUACACCAAAGGGCUGGUAGGUUGCGAUCUUAAUGGGGAGGAUGAGAAGGGUCAUAAGAACCGAUCGAAGAGCGAAAGUCUUAUGGGCACUCUAAAGAGGAGACUGUCUACCAAACAGAAAGCAAAAGUCAAGGGAGGCUCCACCACGGUGGGCUCUGGAGAUGAUGAUGACACCUUCUCUUCCUCGUCGGUCCCGAUAAGCUUUAAUGAAGUCAAAGCCCAGCGGCCCUUAAGAUCUUCGUCCCUCCGAAGCCAUCAUUACAGCCCUUCUCCGUGGCCUUUCCGGCCAGUUGUCUCUGAAGAGGCUUGCAUCAAGAUGGAGGUGAAAGUCAAAGCUAUGGUCCACUCCCCCAAUCCCAGUCCCUCCCUCAAUGGUAUCAGAAAGGAGUUCCAUGACAUCCAAUUAGAAGGUCUGUUCCAUGAUCAGAGCGAGUCUCUGAAGGACAUGGAUACUCAGAGUGGCAACUUGCAUUUGAACAUUGAGGAUCACGUGCCUAUUGGACUCACACCUCAGGACUACAUCCAGUACACAAUGCCUUUAGAUGAGGGAAUGUACCCAGAUUCGUCCCAGUCCUUCUGCUUGGAUGGUCCCUCGCCAAUGGAGGUGGUCGAUCCGGUCGAAUCUGGCUCAUUGCACGCGGAUCAUGGCCCGGAUGACCACGAUCUUGUGCCAUCGGACAUUCUCAUGGAGCAGGCGGUGAAUGGACACCUUCCUGGUACUCCGGCGAUGGUCCUUUCCAACUCUAGAGCCGACACACCGUUAUUUUCUCCCUCCUUGUCACCUCUUUCCAACAACGAUAUUCCAAGGACCCUCUCCGGCUUCAGUGGUGCAGACUCUCAUGUCGUUGAGAGAGUGAGGCACCACCUGAACUUUGACCCCAAUUCCGCUCCCGGUGUUAGUAGGGUGUAUGAUUCUUUCCAAAGCAGCGGACCCAUGGUUGUAACAAGCCUUACGGAGGAACUUAAAAAACUGGCCAAGCAGGGUUGGUACUGGGGACCUAUCACUCGAUGGGAGGCUGAGGAGAAGCUCAUCAACCUUCCAGACGGCUCUUUUUUGGUGAGGGACAGUUCGGACGAUCGCUAUCUCCUCAGCCUGAGCUUUCGGUCACAGGGAAAGACACUUCACACCAGGAUCGAACAUUCGAAUGGCAGAUUCAGUUUUUACGAGCAGCCAGAUGUAGAAGGGCACACUUCCAUCGUAGAUCUCAUCGAGCACUCUAUAAAAGACUCUGAAAAUGGCGCGUUCUGUUACUCCAGGUCCCGUCUGCCGGGGUCUGCCACGUACCCUGUUCGCUUGACCAAUCCUGUCUCGCGUUUCAUGCAAGUCCGUUCCCUGCAAUAUCUUUGCCGCUUUGUUAUCCGACAGUACACGCGGAUAGAUUUGAUUCAGAAACUGCCUUUACCAAACAAAAUGAAAGAUUAUUUGCAGGAGAAGCACUACUGAACGGACUGUAGAGGGGAUAUGGUAGUAAAUUGCACUUUUUGUUGAGUGGCGCGUUCUUAAAACAGUUUACAUAUGCGGAGGUCAGGUGAUCAGUUGCGUAGGUUGACUAUCCGAUCUUCCCACAGAUAUAUGCGGUUAAUUUGUUGUUGCUCAGAUUCAGUGUUUUACAUUUUGCAGGUCUUUUCGGAGCAACGUGGUAAGUCUAGAAACCAUUUAAGAUAGGGAUGCCAUGCCUAAUAGGCAUAUUCAUAAUGAUUACAUGGAUAUGUUUUGCAGUAAUGCUAAUACUCUUAUCGAAGAGUGGAUUUGAGGAUUGGAUGUUGCAAUUAUGUGCUUCAUUCAUUAAUAGUUUUGCUGUAGUGUAAAGCUGUGGUCACAUUUUUGUAAGAAAAAAUGUUUGUUUUCAGUAGUAACACUUUCAAACAAGCGUCUUUCUGUUGGUCAAUGUGGUGAAUCUGUUGCGAAUUCUACGGCUGCACGAUUACUCCAACUCGCGAUUUUCAUGCCCAUCAUGUCAGUAAAACCUGUUUCAAACGGAGCAGUAGUUACUAAACAGAGCUGUUGUUCACAGAGAAGCUACAAAAAACAAUGAAUAAUAAUAAUGAUAUGAACUUGCGAAUAUGAAAUUGAAGAAAUAAUUUGCGAUAAUAACAGCUGUUUGCAUAGCUUCCCAGUAAACUAUGGCUCUGUUAGUAAAUACUGCUUUUUCUUGAAGCUCAUAAAAAUACCACAUUUAAUAACAUGCUUUUACUCCAUAAUCAUUUCAUAAAUUCAGCCGAGUAAGGCAGUAAGGCACACAACAUUUCAUGGUAUUUUAAGCAGUGAUAUAGGCAUUGCAUUAUAAAUAUACUUUGUUGUAAUGAAAAUUCUAAUAAUAAUAAUAAUAAUAGGAAUUCCAAAUAUUGCCUAAGUUGUGUGUUUAUUAGUGUUGAAUCAUCAAAAGCAGUUAAAUAUUUCCUAUAGGCAUUUCCUGGAUUUCGCGUUAGGAUGUGUUUGGAGUUUUCGUGUGAGAGCGCCCUCUGGCCUUCGGAUGGAGAUCAACUCAUCACGAAACCAUAAUUCGCUGAAAGAUACGCACGACAAUCCCAGCUUCUGUCUAAUCGCAAUUUCGAUUUCGUUUUACUUGUGCAGCUCUAGCGAAAUCUGCGAGACAUUUUUGCAGUUUGCGUGAAAUUCCUUAAAUUGUCAAUUCCUUACUGAAAUGACAAAUGAGUUUUCGUUCACGAAAAUUCUCUGAACAAUGAUGAAUGUGAUCGCACCUUUACAGCAAAUUAGUUUUACUCUAGAAAUAUGAUGUCAGCCAUGUUUUUGGCAGGUUUUGAUAGUUUUCCUUCUAUAAAUCGGUACUUUUAAUGAAACUUGCGAAUAUGCUAGAUGACUGAAUUGUGGUGUAAUACAGUUAUCACUUCAACAGACAACUUUUCUAUAAGAAUAAGUAUUUAUUUAGGAUUAAUGUUCUACAUUUAUCAGAGGUUAACAGUAAAACAUUUAAUUGUCCGUUAAACUUUUCUGUGCAACAACAAAUUUGGCUUAGGAAGACCACAAAAGAAAGGACUGUGAAUCACAUCCAAAACAAAUGUUAUAGAAGAAUACAUGCAGAAUGCCACGAAUCUGUGAUGUUAUACAAAAAAGGGAGCAGGUAGAGAACAAAAGAGGUUUUUUUUUUAAUUUAUGUUGUAUAGUGUGGUUCAUACAGUAUUCUGUUCUGUCUAAAUCAUUUUUGGCUCGUAUACAUUUAGCAAAGGUUUAUUAUGGUUCAUGAACAUCUUAUUUGUCUUGUAUAAACACCAUUUUAAGUAUUUCAUAUUUUAGCGCUGGAAUCAUUGCCAUCACUCAUUGUUGCUCUGGUUGAAAGAAGAAAAUAAUGCUAGGAAUUGGUAACAACCUACACAGAAAAAGCACAGUUUUAUAUUGGCUUGUUUGUACUUGAACCACGAGCAAACUUUCAGUUAAUCUGCAAAUAUCCCAAAGGAAUUAUGCAUUUAUAAAUAUAGGAGAUUUUUUUUUUUUUUUUUUUUUGCCCUUUGCUGAACGACAGAAGGCUUUCCUCACCUUCUGUCCUCCAUAAUAGCAGCAUGUCAGCCUGUCAAUAUUUCAUAAACUUUGCUUCAAGCCAAAAAUGUUGCAUUCAGACAUUUGAGCAUUUAUACACUGUUGUCCGUUUAGUUUUUUUUCCCCACCACACACCGCCUAUCCUCUUUCCUGUCACCUGAAAGGGAAUCAUCCAUUGCUUUUGUUUAAUAGGGCUUCAGAUAGUAAAAAUUGGAUGCUUGUUGUUUGCGAGAGUCGGUGGGUUUUGCGCUUUACUUAAAUGAUGCUGGGAUAAAUAUGACAUGAAAUGGUUCAGUCGGCGCUGCUUGGCUUUGGACUACAUUGGGAUAACCAGCAAACAGGGGAGCUUAUAAAUGUCUCUUUAGCUGGCAUAUUGAAUGUGUGUGAAUCAGAGCCAGAACUUUCUAUUUGCGGUUUCACACCACACAUGGUCUAAGGCUUUUAGGGGCCUUUUUAAAAAAAAAUGCCAACUGGCGUUCACAGAAACCGGUGAACAAUGCCGCAGAAAGUAUUCGUGUGACACCUUGGGGAGACUUUGAAGGUUAGCUGUCAAAUAAACACAGUUUGCCAUCUUUAAUAUUCAUUAGUGAAAACAUAACCCAUAGAGUUAAUUCAUUCAGUGAGAAAUGUGUUUGUUUUGCGUGAUGCGUGUGAGGAACCAGUAUGAGACAUAAAAUUGCUCCUUAACACACCCGGAAACUUAUUUUAAAUGCUGUAUCUAUAUGUGUUUUGGUAUAGAAUAUGACGUUCGUGUUUAUUUGCUGUAACCGAAUGGGCAAAGGUGCCAUUUUCCAAUGAAAUGAAGGUUGUCGGAUGUCAGAAUCGCUUAAAUUGCGCGUGUUUUUGAGAUUUGCGAGAGCGUGGUUGAAUAAGCAACAAAAAGAGGAAUGUUUUAGGCAAGGCACAAGAUUUUCAAUUCGUUGAAAAGCGCGUUUACCAGAAUGUGGAAGUCGACUAAUGCAAAAAAUAAAUGUGAACUGAAGUGACCGAAGUGUACAUUGAAUGAAUUUCCUUUUGCUCAGUUUGUUUUAUUCCAAGACGUGUGGCGUAAUUAGAUAAGCACUGACUGAAAAUGUUCGGUGCGUGUGAGCAUGUUUAAAAAAAGAAGCGAAUAGCCGGGACUCCAUCAUGUUCAAUAUUAUUUUCAUGACCUUGUAUGUAUGCCGUUAGAAGUCUCUUGUUCGGAUUGCUGAAGUAUUUUGAACCGAUGACAGUUGAGCACUUAACAAGCUUCACUGAAAUAUCUAUUUUUCUGAUCCAUUUUCUGUUGUCCUUGUGCUGCGAAUGAAGGUGAAUGUUUACAUGAUGUAUUUAGUACAGAUUAGUUUUUCUUUGUUUAUAUCUCUUGGUACAAUUUUACAAACGUAUUUCUUUAAUGUGUCAUACACAUUUGUGCUGCUUUACGAUUAUGAUUGCCUUUUUAAUUACAAAACGGGGGAGAUAGAAUGUCACCUAGAUAUAUUCACAAUGACUUUGGUAUACUCUUGAGAAAAAGUCAGAUGCAAAAAUUGUAGUCAACGUUUUUAGUUAGUGACGAUAAUGCUCUGAAUUCAGUCCUUUUUUUUGUCCAAAAGGGUCUGCUCACUCCAGUUUACAUGGUCAGUUUUCCAAAGUCAGUUCUUGUUUGUUGUUCAUUUGAAUUAAUGAAGUACCAAUAGUGUUUUCUUGCACAUUUGGAUACAGUUAAAACAUUUUUGUAUCUGCUGGUAUAAAUUAUGAAUAAAACGUUAUUCAAAGCUU